GUGGGCACAGGUGGGUGGCACUGGUGGGCACAGGUGGGUGGCACUGGUGGGCACAGGUGGGUGGCACUUCUGGGCACAGGUAGGUGGCACUGCAGAGUGGCACAGGUGGGUGCACUGCUGGGCACAGGUGGGGGCACUGCUGGGCACGGGUGGGCGGAGCUAGUGGGCGCACUGCUGGGCGGAACUUGCGGGUGUCACUGCUGGGCACCGAUCAUCAGGGCACUGAUCAUCAGUGCCCUGAUGAUCGGUGCCGAUCCCCGCUCUGACAACUGCCGGUUCUCGGCAGUACUUUCCUCACGAUCUGACAGCGUGAGGAAAGUGCAGCCGAGAACCGGCACUUGC